AUGUUUCGUGUGCCCGCGAACCUUCUAUUCACUGCUAUCAUCAGCAGCCAGGUUAUUAUACUGGCAUUUGGGUAUGGAUUUCUUGGCGCAGUUCUCUAUUAUGGUUACCUCGCUCCACCUGAUCGAGUCGGCAAUUUAUGGAAGCAUUACCCCCAAAAGUUGACAAUGGUAGUCACAUUAAUAGCAACUGCACUUUCGGUGACUACUGCUAUUCUUUUCACGAUUUCAAUGAAGAAGGCAUUAAAACAUCGGAUGUCGGAUCCCAUGUCUCUCGUUCAGCUAAGCGCUGGUGUUGCUCUGUCGAAGGGCUCAUACAUAUUGAGACCCGAGUACUUGCGACUGACUACCCUCACACUGUUCGUGUUUGGUAUCCUAAGACUCUUGACAGCUGGAUGGACGACUCUCCUGACGCCAACCUACUUCCUAUGGCCAAUUCAGAUGCAAGGAUGCGAACUUGACAUUACUGGAACCGCGUUUGCCACCUUGCUCUCCGGAGAAUUUCAAAUGCAGGGUCUUGUUGAUACGUUUUGUCCGUUUCUUCUAAAACGAAUGACCCAAGUCCAGGACAAUGCUUUUGAGGUACUCGACAUCGGCGCAAUGCUAAGCGGAGUCUCCGCUGCUGGGUAUACCUAUGGUCUUCCUGGGACAUUUAAUUUCAAUGGCGCAAAAUAUAACGUAUCAACUCAGGGGAUUGUGCCCGUUAUCGAGGAUUAUUCCGGCUCGGAUGGAGUUCCGGAUGCCAAUAGUACUCGUCUUGGGUUUUCUGGUGGAAACGUCACAGUCAACACAAGACAGAUACCGGGAGAACAUACCAGCGUGACUAUUCCUCAAGGCUUCAGUAGGAACUAUUCCAUGUGGCAGCAAGGGUUGACAGCCAAUGUCAGCUGCCGGCCCAUUGACGCGAGUCAAACGCAGUACCUUUGGAACACGGAUAAUUCCUCCGUUAUCUAUGCCAACGCAGCUGCUUCGAACAAGUCUAUCGCUGGUCUUCGCCUGUGGAAUAUAACUGCAAACUGCGGAGCCGGUACACCCACAUCGCAAGAAUAUGUGACCAUGGUGGACUGCAAGUGGAAAUGCGAGCCUGUCAGGGAGCGGUUUUCUUCCUUCAGUUCGAUUCUUUCACAAGGGUUUUACAAGUAUGGGUUCCUCAAUGCAAGCGUGUGCGAAGUGACCCCACUGUUGACCACAGUCCGCGCCAAAUACUCCUAUGACCUAAUUUCCUCCGAGGUUAAUUCAUCCACCCCUUUCCGGCCAGAAAAUGCUCCGCUACUGUCAUUCGUUGCUGGAGUUGCCAAGUUUCAGUCGAUGAACUCGCAGGGGCUCUUGAGCAGCGUGAUUGGAGACACUCUGUACUCCAUCUAUUCCUCAACAACCAACACAUCCAUAGAUGAAAAUCUUAGAAAUCAGACGCAGAUUUACCAAGAACUGGAGGAGUAUUGGCGUGGCGUUGUUGAAUUUUCUGCUACAUUCCUUCGCUCCGGGUUCAUGGCUGUGGGUAGCUUCCCCGGCAAUACGAUCCCAGACGACCUCGUCUCUCCAGUCAAUGGGACAAUUAUCUUACAGGCUCGGAAAGAGAACAGUGGCCAUAGGACCACAUUCGAUCCGUCAAAUACCCUUCAUCUCAUUAUGGCAUCUGCUGCUGGGAAUCUGACACUCAAAGAUUUCAACGAGAAUGGAAUUAUCGACAAUGAAGGCGUGAGGGUGCGACUGGAGGAGUCCAAGGACGACUAUGGUGUGAAGAAGAUGUUUGUGAUAGCUGAUCCAUCGGAUUUAGUGGCGUCGCAGGAGAACCUGGUAUGA